AUGGCGCCAAUAGCCUGGUGGCAUUAUCUGGUUGGUGGGAUGGGAGGAGAGCCAUUCCAACACGCCCGACCACAUGAUCCAGUCUCAAAAAUCGAGACCUGGACAACCAGCGGCUCUUAUGAAGCUUUCUGGGGUAUUAAACUCACCCAUGUUAGUGGGACACAGUCACCAUUGAUUGGCACAGACCAAGGAACCUUGAGUUCUUUCACAAUAGCAUAUGGGGAGCGAUUGACAACGAUGACUAGCUAUACGGAUGGACCAAUGUUCGCAGGUUUCAAUAUAGUUACCGACAAAGGGAGGUCAUUCAUGGCGGGCAAAGUCACUUCAAAAUCAUAUUGGCAACGCCCUUACAGCGGUUUCAUUGUAGCUGUCAUCGGACGAGUAGGCUCGGAAUUCGAUCAAUUCUCAUUCGGCAUGUUAGACGAUCCCCAACGCUGCGAUGUCGAUAUGAAUUAUACUAUGAUGCCACAGGGCGGGAUUAGCGAUGUGUCGGUGGUACGAGUGACCAAGGAUAACAUACAAGGGGAGCGUGAUGCCGAUGUCACCAUUGGUGAGUCUGUCACCGUCACGAGCUCCUUAUCCACCACCAAGACAUGGGGAGAAAGUUUGGGGGUAUCGGUUAGUGUUUCGGGUAAGGUAUUUGGAAUCGGGGCCGAAGGCAGCACAGAAUAUACAUACAGCGAGGAGAACAGUGAAUCGUCGUCUUAUGAAACAUCCAAGACGACCGAUAUUUCUGCAUCAAUGCAUGUCCCCCCGGGAAAGAAAUAUCUCAUUACGGCACUGUACUAUAAAGGCACCUUCAACAUUGACUUCCGACCCAAAUAUAGAAUCGUCACGAGCACUGGAUUCACAGCCAAUUUCCCUGAGGGGCCGGCACAACCUGUCUCCGGUGUCGCUUCUGGAAACAUGAUAAUCACAACUAUCGACAUCACAAACAUGCCUCAAAGUGAACCUCCUCUGCUUGCCACUCCGCCAACGGAGAUUGGAGUUUCUCCUGACAAUGACGACGAGGAUGAAGGACUUAUCAAAUCCAUUCCUGAAGCUAGAUUCGGGAAUGUGCUUACGAGGAAAGUCCUGGAUGGCAGCGAGAAUGCUCGGAAUUUUCAGAAGGCUGUCGGCGUGUCUGCCGAUGAUAAGUAA